AUGUCCCAAGACUACUUGUCCGAACUGACGUUCCUCUCAAAGCUUCAUCAACGCUCCAGGCUAGCAAAAGACCUUGAAACGGUCCUCACCGACAGCCUCACAGUCAUUCACGCCCAGAUCCAGGUUACCAAGACACUGGGAAUCGCGUGGCAGCACCACAUCGAUACGUAUCCCCAUCAGGAGGCCCGAGCAGGAGAACAAGUUCUCCUCAUCAAUAGAUUUUUGCGUACGGGGUCAGUAACUAGAGAAAUCAUGUGGAGCUGGACGCAACGUUUACUGUUCAUCGAUUCGUUGUACCAGAUCAAGGUCGACUCCGGGCAAAUACCAGCAUGUAAGAGAAAGGAAUGGCUCGAGAACGGUACGGAUCACAGUACAUAUGCACAAGACAAACUAGACCAAUACGUAGCCGCAAUAGAAGCACAGCUCGCCAAGGCGGAAAAGCGACUCAACGACGAGAAAUGUGGGGAGCAGCUUCCAAAAGAAACGGCAGCAGAGGAGCAAGCGAUGAAGAUGGAGGUGGAAAGAAUGGAGGAUUCCCCAGCGGAGAACUUGCCAGCGGCAACGGACGACGAAUACCUUGACCGGUUCGUCGAAGAGAACAAGGAAAUGGAAGAAGACGAGGACUGCAGCGUCGAGCAGAUUGAGCACGGUGAUCACCCCUCAGACGAAGAUGCUCCAGGGCCUUCCCACAGACAUAAGAGCGAGAACUGGGAAAGGGACGUGCAACAGUUGAAGUUCUCGCUCGAUCUCCUUCCACGUAGGAAACUCAAUAAGGUUCCGAGCUCUGGUAGACCGAAUCAACGCCAACAAACGAUUGAUGCACGACUUACACAACUCGAAGGCACGCUGCACACAAUGAUCUGCUUUGUUCUCCACGCGGAACGUUAUCCUGCUGCGCCGGAGCCCCGAAAUGACGCGAACUGA